CCUCUUGCCCCACCCCUCCUCCAGCACCAAAGGCUCAGGAACACAGGGGGGCCCACUGUUCCUAGCGAGCUGCUUUCCGCGGCCACUCAGCUAUCUAACUUCGGAGCCUGCACCCGCUUCUCCUCCCAGGAUUGCGAGAAGUCACAGAGGUAGGGGCUUCAGAGUUCCGCGGUGGUCCGGUCCUUUCCCCUCGCCUCGUCUGUGCAAUCCUGUGUGGAGGCUGGGGACAGCUGCUGGGACCCGCCGUCCUGCUCUGUUCAGCUCUCCUGGGGAACAUCACACUGGAGAGCCAAAAGGCGUGGAAGAGCCUAUCUUGGAGAUUUUCCCGGGGAAACCCCGAGGCCAUUCAUUAUGAUGUGUACUGCACGGGAGUGGCUCCGAGUGACCACACUGCUCUUCGUGGCUAGAGCCGUUCCAGCUAUGGUGGUUCCUAACGCCACUUUGUUGGAGAAACUUUUGGAAAAGUACAUGGAUGAGGACGGUGAAUGGUGGACAGCCAAGCAGAGAGGGAAAAGAGCCAUCACGGACAACGACAUGCAGAGCAUCUUGGAUCUCCAUAAUAAACUGCGAAGUCAGGUGUAUCCAACCGCCUCUAAUAUGGAGUAUAUGACGUGGGAUGUGGAGCUGGAAAGAUCUGCAGAAUCCUGGGCUGAAACAUGUUUGUGGGAACAUGGACCUGCAAGCCUGCUGCCCUCCAUUGGACAGAAUUUGGGAGCCCACUGGGGAAGAUAUCGACCCCCAACAUUUCAUGUGCAAGCGUGGUAUGAUGAAGUGAGAGACUUCAGCUACCCAUAUGAACAUGAGUGCACCCCGUAUUGUCCUUUCAGAUGCUCUGGCCCCGUGUGUACACACUACACUCAGGUGGUGUGGGCGACUAGCAGCAGGAUAGGCUGCGCCAUCAAUCUGUGCCACAACAUGAACAUCUGGGGACAGAUAUGGCCCAAGGCUGUCUACUUGGUGUGCAAUUACUCUCCCAAGGGAAACUGGUGGGGCCAUGCACCUUACAAACAUGGCCGGCCUUGCUCUGCUUGCCCACCCAGUUUCGGAGGAGGCUGUAGAGAAAACUUGUGCUACAAAGAAGGGUCAGACAGGUAUUACACGCCUCGUGAAGAAGAAACAAAUGAAAUUGAGCGGCAACAGGCUCAGGUCCACGACACGCACGUUCGGACGAGAUCAGACGAUAGUGACAGAAAUGAAGUCAUCAGCACUCAGCAGAUGUCUCAGAUUGUUUCUUGUGAAGUAAGGUUGCGGGACCAGUGUAAAGGGACCACCUGCAACAGGUACGAGUGCCCGGCAGGCUGCUUGGACAGUAAAGCUAAAGUCAUCGGGAGUGUACACUAUGAAAUGCAAUCCAGUAUCUGUCGAGCUGCCAUCCACUAUGGGAUCAUAGACAACGAAGGCGGGUGGGUCGAUGUCACUAGACAAGGAAGAAGGCAUUACUUCAUCAAGUCCAACAGGAAUGGCGUUCAAACAGUUGGCAAAUAUCAUUCUGCUAAUUCCUUCACGGUGUCCAAAGUAACAGUUCAAGCUGUGACGUGCGAGACUACAGUGGAGCAGCUCUGUCCAUUUCAGAAGCCUGCCUCACAUUGCCCAAGAGUGUACUGUCCUCGCAACUGUAUGCAGGCAAAUCCACAUUAUGCUCGUGUAAUUGGAACCAGAGUUUAUUCUGAUCUCUCAAGUAUCUGCAGAGCAGCAGUGCAUGCUGGGGUGGUUCGAAACCACGGCGGUUAUGUGGACAUCAUGCCUGUGGACAAGAGAAAGAUGUACACUGCUUCUUUUCAAAAUGGAAUCUUCUCAGAAAGUUUACAGAACCCUACAGGAGGAAAGGCAUUCCGGGUCUUUGCUGUUGUGUGACAGGGAACUCUUGGAAAGGAAUUGGAAAGACCACCUCACAUACCACGAUUCUGAGUUUUGUAUAGAACUGUAACUGUACAGAAGAAAGCAAGUAUUGCCAGCCCACCCCCAGAGUGCAAAUGAGUGUCACUCUUGAGAGGCAAAGUCUAUAAAAUAAAACAUGGGACAUUAGCUUUGGGGAAAGUAUUGAACAUUUAAUGGUUUUAGAAAUCCUGUGUUGAAUAUUGCUAUAUUUUCUUAGCAGUUAUUUCUACAGUUUAUUACAUAGUCGUAAUGGUCUACAUUUCGUAUAUUAUAUUAUAUGGUGCUUUGUAUAUGCCACUAAUAAAGUGACUCCAAACAGUGAAUGUGAAUGGCCUUAGAGAAUUAUCUGGUGCAUUGGAAAGCAAACAACCCUAAAACCGAGGGAAACAUUUAAGUCACUCUUCUGCCAGUCCACUGUACAUUCUUACCUACUCGAAAUCUCUGUCUUUCCCUUUAAGACUGGGCCGUUUUUCUCUUCUGUUAACUGGUGUUAUGCAGACUAUUAAGUCCUCAUGGUGCACUUGUUAUUUUGUAUAAAAUAAUCUUUUAAUUUCCAAGUGAAAAUAUUUGGUUCCCCUGGAACGGCCUCGGUCGUAUGUGGGGUAAAAUCUAAGUGUGUUGUUGAGAACAAGCCUGGUGAUCAUGUAGUAGCUAGAGGGUAGCGUGGCCGCCUGAGCUUGCUAGUGUUCUUAGGACUGAGUUCACAUGGCUUUCUCUUGUAUCCUGGCAAGUACUCCUGCAGGCCAGGAAGUAUAAUAAAAAGUCUAAUGAGGAUGAACUGAUGUGUUACAUUUUAUUACCACUGGUGUUCAUAGUGGCAAAUGGCUUUGUGUAUAAACCUUCCAUUAGUGUCAUCCUACGGUGGUGAUAUAUUUGUUUCUGUGAAAAUGUACUGUGCUUUGAUACCUAAAUUCUGUAAAAUGUUACUGUUAGUAUGUUUUUUUCCCUGCUGCUGGUGAACUUAUUUGUCUCCCAUAAACAUAUUAA